GUCGUUGAUCGGAAGAUUGAUAAUGAGGUUGGAGGGUUGAGAGAAGAAGUUGGGAAAAUGAUUGAGGAAAAAUGGUCUGUUUUAGAGAACAGAUUGAUUGAAUUGGAGUCCUAAGGUGAAUCUUUAGCGAGAUCAUUGGGUGAAUUGAAAGAUGUGAAUUGGUUGUCUAAGGAUGAGUUUAAUAAGAUUUUUGAAGAACUGAAGAACAAAAUUACAGGAGAUGAUGUUGGUAAUGGAAAAGCUAGUUUGAAUGACAUUAGAGUGUAUGCAAGAGAUUUGGUAUUGAAGGAGAUUGAGAAACACGCAGCUGAUGGGGUUGGGCGGGUGGAUUAUGCUUUGGGUAUUGGUGGAGGCAUGGUUGUGAAACACUCUGAACCUUAUUUGGUAGGAAAAGGAGGCAAGUGGUUUUUAAGGAGUGCAAGUUAUGAUGUUCACAAUGAUGCCAGAAAGAUGUUAAAGCCGAGUUUUGGAGAGCCGGGACAAUGUUUUGCAUUGAAGGGCAGUAGUGGAUUUGUUGAGAUUAGGCUCAGGACAGCAAUUAUUCCUGAAGCUCUUACUCUGGAACAUGUUGCCAAGAGUGUUGCUUUCGACAGAUCAAGUGCUCCGAAGAAUUGCAGAGUCUCCGGGUGGCUGCAGGAGCAAAAUUCUGAAUGGUCAUAUGAUUCGGAGAAGAUGUUUCUUCUAGCCGAGUUCAAUUAUGACCUUGAGAAGAGCAAUGCACAGACCUUCAAUGUGUUGGAGUCAGUGGGCUCUAACGUUGUUGAUACUAUGAGGUUAGAUUUCAGUUCAAACCAUGGAAGCCCUUCUCAUACUUGCAUUUAUCGGUUGAGGAUGCACGGUCACGAACCAUACUCGGUUUCUAUGAUGCCAAUGCAAUCUUGACACCACCAUCACCAACACCAACACCAACACCAUGUAUUCCAUCCAUUCUUGUAAUAUUUUGCUUCUCUCUCUUAAUCAGAUCUAAAUACAGAGCUUGA